GUUUACAGGUAUUUCAAUCCCUGACUGCAAUAAAAGAUAAUUUUUGAAGACUGAAAUGAGAUGCAAUGCGUGCUGGAGAGAACUGGAAGGGCGGGCCAUUUCCACCACCUGUGGUCACCUCUUGUGCACUGAAGAUGCGAGUAAAAUCCUGAGCAAUGAUGCAGCAUGCCCCAUUUGUGAUCAAGUGCUCUCCAAAAGUCUUAUGAGACCAGUGGAUAUCAAUCCGAAUGAUGAAUGGAUAAAUAUGGUCAUGGUUGGGAUAACUCCUCAGAUAUUGAUGAAAAGCGCAUACAGAAGCGUGAUGUUCUACAUUGGUCAGAAGGAGCUGGAGAUGCAAUUCAAGAUGAGCAGAAUAGCAGCUCAGUGCCGGCAGAAAUGCGAGACAAUGCAAGAAAAGUUCACAGAAAAACUGGAGCAGGUGCAUACUGCAUAUCAGAAAAUGGCCAAGAGGUGCCAGAUGCUGGAACAAGAGAUGGAGAGCUUGUCCAAGGAUAAGCAAGAGCUCCAGGAAAAAUUUUCUGAGAGAUCUAGGCAAAAGAGAAAACUUGAUGAAAUGUACGAUCAAUUGAGAAGUGAGUACGAGUCAGUGAAAAGAUCAGCCAUCCAACCUGCAAACAAUUUCUAUUCAAGAACUGAACCUGACAUGUUCUCAAAUCCAGCUAGCAUGAUGGAUAACAGAGAUCCUAUAAGAAAAGAGCGCUCCGUUACCACUCCUGAAACUCCAGGGCCUAGAGAUGAUGUAUGGCCUUCAAGAAGACAAAAUACUUCUCUCUCCGACCCCUUUGACAUUUCUGGUAACUCACCUGCGAGACAACCAAUGGUUCCAGUUGAUCCUGGAAACAGAAGGCCCGGUGCUCUCCCUGCUUAUGGAGCUGGUGCAAGCAACCCUGCAAUGAUUUUAAGGAACCUAAUCCUUUCACCUGUAAAGCGACCUCAGCUAUCCCGUAAUCGCCCUCAAAUGUUCACCUAAGCCACACACUUAACCCUGCUGGAUAUACUGUGCCACCCAUUUCUGAAAAGCUAUAAAAAGCUUCGUUACCAGGCAGUAGAGAAGAAGUUGGAUAGUUUGCCUUUGCUGAACUAGUCUUGCUGGAUAAUUUUUUCGCUAUGUGUGAGGAAUCUUUUUGUGAUUGGCAAAGCAUAUUGCAAUCUCUUCCUCUGGAUAAAGCAGCUGUUAAAGACCACAUGAGGUGAAAUAGAUGAAAUAAGAUUCUUUUGAUUUCUCCAUCUUGUUAUUGCAGUUUGCAUUGAAACUAUAUAUAAAUCAGUAUUUUUUUUUUUUUGGUUAUUAUAUAAAUCAGUAAUGUUGCCAUAUGCAUAAAUAUUUUAGGUCCAUAAGGAACAUCUAGUUGGGGGAAAAAAAAAAAUAAGUGUGUUUUGUGCAUUGAGGGUCUGAUGAGCCUUGUAUUG